CGCGUCAAUGACCAAGCCUGUUUUACCAUACCGGUCAGAAAAAUGCUGAUCUCUGAUUGGUUAAUACAUGUCCAAUCACAGUUUAGAAUUCCCAACGGCAUACAACUGUUUAUUUGUUCUAUCAGAUAAGGAUUUUCAUUGAGAACUUGGUGCAAUGGGGGAGAACAAAUCAAUAUAUAAACAUUUCUCUGCAUUACCUCUGCAACCUAACCAAAAAUUAAAAUCGUAUUCAUGUAACUAUUGCAAGAAAAAGUAUGCAGAAAACAUUACUCGCAUGCGAAAACAUCUUUAUCAAGAGUGUAGAAGUUGUCCUCAAGACUUACGGAAACUUUUAAAACCAUGUAAACCUCGUAAACGAAAUAAUUCUCAUCUAAACAGCACAGACGACUCAUUUACUAUUGAAGAUUUGAAUGAAGCAGACAAUAGAGCAAGUACUUCAAUGAUUUCAAAUGAAAAUUUACCAAAUAAUAUAAGUGUUUGUAGCAAUAACUAUAAAAAAAAUACAAUCGAUAGUUUUUGUGAUAAAAUGUCAAAAAAAGAUGAAGAUUCUCUACAAGAACUACUUGCAGAAGCGAUUUAUGCAUCUGGUACACCAUUAUGUAUAACAGAAAAUCCAUAUUGGCUAAAAUUUUUUAACGCAUUACGGCCUUCAUUUAAUUUGCCAUCAAGAAAUCAAAUAUCAAAUAAUCUUUUAGAUUCAGUAUUCGUUAGAACACAAAAUAUGGUUAAUGAAAAAAUUGAAUCUGCUACUACUGUUGGAGUGCAAUGUGACGCAUGGUCUAAUAUUCGCAAAGAAGGAAUCAUCAAUUUUAUUGUAACAACCCCAGCGCCAGUUUUUUUCAAAACAUUUCCAACUGGAACCGAAUCACAAACUGCCUUAUAUAUUUCUGAAAAAUAGGAAGUGUUAUUGAUGCUUUGGGAAUUAAAAAAGUUAUCGGAAUUUGUACAGAUAAUUGUGCUGCAAUGAAAAGUGCUUGGACUUUGAUAGAUCAAAAGUAUAAUGUCGACAAAUUGUAUUGUUAUGGUUGUGCUGCUCACAUUCUUAACC